AUGCCAAUAGAAAGCAAAGAUCAAGUCCAGAGUCUGAUCAAUCCUGAUGGCUCAGAUAUGCGCCGCAUGUCGGACAACAUCGACAGAGACUUGAUCACCAUCCCCCAGCACACGAGCUCCGAUGGCAACGCACCCACCCCUGAGAUACCGCGUCGAUCUGGUCGUUUGAAGAGCAAGCAUGUUACAACUCCAAACCCGCGAAAUUACAAACCCAUUAAGUUGAAACCUUCGAAGCCUUCGUCAAAGAAGCAAAAACCAGCUGCUUCUCCUGCCAAUGACGAGAGCGUUCAGCCCGUUAUCCUCCGUUUGGCAUCAAUUCCCGAACCUUCACAACUCACCGAUAAGCUGUUUGACUCGUCUGUAGAGGAGCUCUGGCGAGUCCACGGUGAGCUCUGUUACGAAAGGGCCAUCCUCGAGCGUCGUAUUUGGGCAUUAGGAGAAGAUAUCAAUAAGCUGGCUGAGGUUAUUUCCCAUCGGGAAAAGAGAGCUCCUACUCCUGUUCGUGGCUCCAAAUGGGGUGUCUAA